AUGGAUAAGGUAAUUGAAGCAGUCAAAGAGAAGAAGACUUUGAGAGGUACUGGCGACAAUUGGGACAUGAUGAUCCGUGCUCAUCACAUGCGCUCAACAGCACAGAAUCAAGACCUUCAUCUAUUUGCAUCGAACUUGUACGUCAACCGUGUAAGUUUUUCAGCUUUGGAGAAUACUAGCCCUCUUAAUGAUAUCCUGACUUGCCCUCGUAACUUAUUUACAUUAGAAAGAAACGAGAUACAAAUUCUUAGAGAGAAUUUCAAGGUUUUGGUUGGGAGAAUAUGCACUCAAUUUUGCAAAAAAAUUCAAGUUCCUCGAGAAAGUUAUCCCCGAGCAUAUUGAACAUAGGUUUACAUCUGAAAUGUCAGCACCAUCAACAAUUAUUCCACUUCCAAUCAUCAAUGCAGACGAGAAGAAAUAUGAUGACUGUGUUGUGAUCUUACGAUCAUACGAGAAGUGGAUAAACGAGAUUUAUGAGAAAGCUGGUCAGCUCAAAUAAUCCAGUCAAAGUACUACUGGAGAUCAAAGUGAACCAACCUCAUCACAUUGUCCAACUGAUCAAUCAAAUCCACAUUCAACUUUUACAGAUACCAAUCCAUCUAACCCUGUCCAGCCAACUUCUGCAACACGCCAAACAGACCCACUCAACCCACCCAGUCAAGGUUCUUCAGAACAAAGGUGUGACUGUUUCCUUUGGUGGUGAUCAGCUAACCCGGGUGAGAUUUGAUGGUGCAACAUCUCUUCUUGCUGGUGCACACAAACCAGCCGAUAGAUUUGAACACUGUUCACCUUAUAAACAUGCAAUGUGGCACACAAAAGCUUCCUUACUCCAAUAUGGCUACCAUCUCCUUCACAAGGCGCAAUCAUCAAGUGAAAAAGGAACUUUGAAGUAUUUCAGGGAAAGGUAUAACAGGAAAAAUGCAACACCUGCAAAAGUAUUAGAUUCAUAUGAAG